UUGUUCUUCUUCCCACAGAUGAUGGGUGGUCAUCGAGCUCUCUGUUUUCAGUUUUCUUGCAAGAAAUGUUGUUUGUUUUUCCUUAUUAUCAUCAUCUUCUUUGUUUUGGUUAUUGCAUCUCUUUCGUUGAUCAUAAUCUUCGUAUUCAAGCCUCGUAGGCCAAUCUUUUCGUUUGAAACGAUGAAUAUAGCUUCAUACAAGUUUGAUGUUUCUGAUUCCUCAACUGUGUUUCUCUCUUUAGUUGCUUAUGUUACACUAAUAUCACACAAUCCGAACAGAGUUGGUAUAAGGUAUGAUUUCUCAAGGCUCAAGAUACUCGACCAUGGAGUAGCUGUAGGAAUGUUGAGAAUCCCAGAGUUUUAUCAGCCUGCUAGAAGCCAUAAUGUAAGCAUCCGAAUUGAUAUCUUGUUUCAACGUCUUGACAUAAGUACAAUCAUGUCUGGAGGCCAAACUAGAAAUUUUCCCAUCAAAGUAUUAGGUGAUAUUGGAGUUCACCUAUGGGUAUUACAUAUCAAAUUGCCAAAGAUCAAGGUGAAUCUGGCUUGUGAUGUAGCAGUUGAUUGGAGAUAUUUAAUAUCCGCUGAUGAAAUGUUAAGCUUGAAAGCAGUCAAGAACCAUAUUGCACACUUUGAUGCCAACUCACAGGCUUUGUCCAAGAAAUGUUCCGUAGGUUUUUACUUAUAAUAUACAAGCCAAAGAGACCUUCUAGUAAUUUGCACUUGGUGGUCAACGAAAAUUGAGUAAAGAUUUGGCAUGACAAACUCCAGCCUCCCAAGCAAUGAAAUGCAUGC